UGACUUGCUUCAUGCAGUCAAAUAACUGAUUUUACUUUAUCCAACACACUCCCAUGACUUGAUCUAGAUGGUGCUUAGAGAAGAUUGCAAUCGCCAGAAUCUUUUCAAAUUGCGAUAAAGAGGAAGCCAGACGCAGGAGUUUCUGAGAUCAUCAGACUAUAAAGAUGGCAGUCUGCUCUUACUUCCUCCUCCUCGUUUUCUUGAUCCUGACAUCUUCCAGUGUGAGUGGAGACCAUUUCUCAAAGUCAAACACAAACAAUAACUUGCAUAAGCGAAUGAAAAGAGAAUGGAUCUGGAAUAAAAUGCAUAUUCCUGAAGAGCAGAACGGGACUUUCCCUCAUCAUGUUGGAAAGAUCACCUCAACUAUCAAAAAUCCCAAUGCCAAAUAUGUCCUUGAAGGAGAAGGUGCUGGAACUGUGUUCAGAGUUGAUGAAUUUACUGGAGAUGUCACUGUGAGUGAAAGGCUGGACCGAGAGAAGAAAGCCGAAUAUGAACUCACAGCUCUGAUUUAUAAUCGUCUUACUAAUCAACAAAUGGAAGAGCCGUCCAAAUUCCGCAUCAUCAUUCAUGAUAUUAAUGACAAUGCCCCAGUAUUUGUUCAAAGGGUGUUUAAUGGUUCAGUGGUAGAAAUGUCACCACUAGGAACAUCUGUCACCAAAGUGACAGCUGUGGAUGCUGAUGAUCCAACCCUUCAUGGUCAUGCAGAUGUUUUCUACGAAGUUACUGAUGGCAAAAACUAUUUCAGAAUAGACAACUCAGGAACCAUUUACACAGCUGUGCCUGACUUGGAUAGAGAACAAAACGCUUCUUAUACCAUUCGGGUGAAAGCAAGGGAUGGCAAGGGUCUACAUACUGAAGAAUUGGGCACUGCUACUGUCAUCAUUAAAUUAAUUGACAUCAAUGACAAUUUUCCAGCAUUUAAGCAAAAAAAUUUCACUUUCGAAGUCCUCGAAAAUGUCAGUUUGACCGGUGAAGUCGGCAGAUUAAAAGUAGAGGACAUUGAUGAACCACAAAACAGGGAUACUAAGUAUAGCUUUCGCCAAGGGAAUUACCAAGAUACCUUUAAAAUUGUACCAAAUCGCUACACAAAUGAAGGAAUAAUUCAACCAACAAAGCUCUUGGACUUUGAAAAGAUACCUGAGUACAGGUUUGUGGUUGAAGCUACUGACGCCAAUAUCAACUAUGCCUAUUCUACACGGAAGGGCCUUGAGAACCUUGCCAGAGUAAUUAUCAAAGUUAUUGAUGUUGAUGAACCUCCAGUUUUCACCCAGUCUUCCUAUACAUUCACUGUUCAAGAAGAAGGUGCAACGAAGAUAUCCAUUGGAUGUGUUUCUGCAAGUGACCCUGAUAAAGCCAGGCGGAAAAUAAGUUAUCAUAUCUUAAGAUCCACUUCUUUUGAAAUAAGUACCAGUGGGUGUAUUUUUCCCAUAAAGCGUCUGGACAGAGAAGAAAACGCUUGGCAUAAUAUAACUGUGGCAGCCAAUGAGCUGGAUCAAAAUAAAAAGAUAAUCCCCAGAUUAGAAACCCAUGUACCAGUUUAUAUUAAACUUACGGAUAUAAACGACAAUGCCCCAGAAUUUGCCUUUCCAUACGAUCCACGUGUGUGUGAAAAUGCUGCAGCUGGAAAGGUGAUCACACAAAUUUCUGCUGUGGACAAGGAUGAAACAUCGCCAGAUGUGAAAUUCAAGUUUUCCCUGACUUCUGAAGACAGCAACUUUACUCUCAUUGACAAUCGUGAUAACACAGCAAACGUCACCGUCAAGUUUGGACCGUUCAACCGAGAGUUACUCAAAACUCAUCUCUUGCCUAUCAUCAUCUCCGACAAUGGGGCACCACCACAGACCAGCACGAACACUCUUACCAUCCAGAUAUGCCAAUGCGACAAGGAGGGGGCAAUGCGUUGCGAAGGGCAAGCGAAGCUAAUGGGAGUUGGCAUCCAAGUGUUGGUGACCAUCUUCGUCUGCAUCUUCACCAUCCUUGCAUUAACCAUGCUGCUGAUAGUCUGGAGGAGGCGGCACAAGAAAGAUCUCAGUGUUCUCAAGAAGAACGUAGAAGAGAUCCAUGAGCAGCUGGUGGCCUAUGAUGAAGAAGGCGGUGGUGAAAUGGACACCACCAGUUAUGAUGUCUCGGUUCUCAAUUCAGCCCGCCAGAGAGGGAUACUAUGCCCCAGAAUGCCUUUGGAGGAUUCACCUUGCAAAUAUUCCCGGGAACAAAAGAUCCCUGAGAAUGGACUUUCAGGCAUUGGAGAGAUGGGCAUCAUGAUUGAGAUGAAAAAAGAUGAAGCUGAUAACGAUGGAGAUAUGUUGCCCUACGAUACCCUCCACAUAUUUGGCUAUGAAGGGGCCGAGUCUAUUGCAGAAUCCCUAAGCUCCCUGGGUUCAGGCUCCUCAGACUUGGAUAUUGAUUAUGAUUUUCUCAAUGAUUGGGGUCCCAGAUUCAAGAUGCUGGCAGAGCUUUACGGUCUGGAACCUAGUGGAGAUCUGGUCUACUGAGUGUAGUCAGUUGCAAAUUAUCCCAACCCUGUCCAUAAACAGUAAAACUGAAAAACGGUUCAACUUUUUGUGCAUUUCUCAUACAAAAGACAAUCAGAUUUUUUACACACUUUCAGAGCAGACUGAGAUAACCUAAGUGAAACAAGCUUUAAACAAAAUCGGGUCUGUAGAUACUUUUUUUUUUUUUAUAAUGGGGAUGCCAUUGUACUGAGGGAUUAGAAAUGUUUCUCCUUAUAUAGAAAUCCAAUGUUUAAAUGCUUUUAAAGCACUGUGGGGUUCUUUUUGCCUGUUAGAAGAAAGCUUAGAUGAUGACUUGUUUGUCCUGAUUACUGCAGCUAUUCUAAUUAAAUGUAUUUUUAGUUACAAGCUUUUUAUUGAAUGAAUUAUCUCCUGUGACACUUUUAUAUAUUUGUUACUGGUGGUAAUGAACAACUGGUGAAGGACUGGCAUCUGAACUCAUGUAAAAAGAUUCUGUGACAACCCGGGGCGUGGCACAAAAGCAACACAGUCAGAUAAUCAAUAGGAGUCCCUUUAUUAGCUCCAACUUUG